AAACAGUGCUACCCACAGAGUGAACAAGAGAGGGUCAUUUAGGAAACAGGAGAAUUUUACAGAGAAAGGGAUAGAUAAAACUACGUGAGCCUGGCGAGGGUGCAGAGCGGAGAGUAGAGAAAGAAAAGUGUCCGAAGACUGCUCUCUGGGACAAGACAAGUUGUUAAAGAAAGGGACAGGAGAGAUAGGAGUGCUAUUUCAAGAGUGAGCCACAGAAGGGAAUCCACAGGCUGUCUAAGCGAGGAAGGGUCUACAGACAGUGAGUGAAGGCCAGGAACAGGGCCCAGGCCGGGGCAGGUGCGACCACCGAGGGGAUGAACUUCACAGUGGGUUUCAAGCCGCUGCUAGGGGAUGCACACAGCAUGGAUAACCUGGAGAAGCAGCUCAUCUGCCCCAUCUGCCUGGAGAUGUUCUCCAAACCGGUGGUGAUCCUGCCCUGCCAACACAACCUGUGCCGCAAGUGUGCCAACGACGUCUUCCAGGCCUCGAAUCCUCUGUGGCAGUCCCGGGGCUCCACCACCGUGUCUUCAGGAGGCCGUUUCCGCUGCCCAUCCUGCAGGCAUGAGGUUGUCCUGGACAGACACGGAGUCUACGGCCUGCAGCGAAACCUGCUGGUGGAGAACAUUAUCGACAUUUACAAGCAGGAGUCAUCCAGGCCGCUACACUCCAAGGCUGAGCAGCACCUCAUGUGUGAGGAACAUGAAGAGGAGAAGAUCAAUAUCUACUGCCUGAGCUGUGAGGUGCCCACCUGCUCUCUCUGCAAGGUCUUUGGUGCCCACAAGGACUGUGAGGUGGCCCCACUGCCCACCAUUUACAAGCGCCAGAAGAGUGAGCUCAGCGAUGGCAUCGCGAUGCUGGUGGCAGGCAAUGACCGUGUGCAAGCAGUGAUCACGCAGAUGGAGGAAGUGUGCCAGACCAUCGAGGACAAUAGCCGGAGGCAGAAGCAGUUGUUAAACCAGAGGUUCGAGAGCCUGUGUGCAGUGUUGGAGGAGCGCAAGGGCGAGCUGCUGCAGGCACUGGCCCGGGAGCAAGAGGAGAAGCUGCAGCGUGUUCGUGGCCUCAUCCGUCAGUACGGAGAUCACCUGGAGGCCUCCUCUAAGCUGGUGGAGUCUGCCAUACAGUCCAUGGAAGAGCCACAGAUGGCGCUCUACCUCCAGCAGGCCAAGGAGCUGAUCAAUAAGGUCGGGGCUAUGUCGAAGGUGGAGCUGACAGGGCGGCCAGAGCCAGGCUAUGAGAGCAUGGAGCAAUUCACCGUGAGCGUGGAGCACGUGGCCGAAAUGCUGCGGACCAUCGACUUCCAGCCGGGCGCUUCCGGGGAGGAAGAAGAUGAGGAAGUGGCCCCGGACGGAGACGAGGGCACUGCGGGGCCGGAGGAAGAGCGGCCGGAUGGGCCUUAAGGCACAGGUCUGCGCCUACCCGACUCUGCUCGAGAGCCUGCGCUAGGGUCGGGGAGGAUCUGCGCAGAGACUGCGGAGUAUCCCAGCUCAGUGCCUGCCCCGGGAGGAUCUUAAUAAAGAACUCAAGCUCCCAGA